UGUAGACUAUUUGUAACUUAUUUUUUUUAAAUUUAAUUAUUUUGUUUAGUAUAUUAAUAUCAUAUUAUAUGAAAAUUUGUGUAAAACUUGUGGUCACUUAGUAUACAAGUAUAUUGCAAUAUUGUUGUCAAUAAUUGUUGUUUUUUUUGUUAAAUAAAUUUGUGAUUUUAUUCAACGCGUUGUCAUAUUUGAUUAUUUACUGAAAUAAUUUACUGUAUAUUAAUUGUCAAUUUUGUUGUUGUGUUCAUCAAUAAAAACACAGUUAAUUAAAAGUUUAAAUUAUCGGUUAUUCAAUGGCUCCCAAUACCGAUAAAACCGAUACCAAUCUUAACAAACCAUUCAAACAGAGAAAGCCUUUAACGACGCGAAAGGAAGAAGUAUCGGGAAUAAGAGCCAAAUUUCCGACAAAAAUACCGGUAAUUGUCGAAAAGUAUUCAAAGGAGAAGACACUUCCGGCUUUAGACAAAACAAAGUUUUUAGUGCCUCAGGAGUUGCCAAUGGCUACGUUUGUCACCAUAAUUAGGAAUCGGAUGCAAUUGAGCUCAACUCAAGCCUUUUAUUUGAUUGUCAAUAAUAAAAGUAUGUGUAAUAUGACUAAAACCAUGGCUGAGAUAUACAAAGAGAACAGAGAUGAGGACGGCUUUCUAUAUGUCACAUAUGCAUCACAGGAAAUGUUUGGCUGAUAUCUAUAUGUGAUGGCAAUACCAUCAGUGAUGGGGGUAUAUAAUCUCAAUCCCUCCACACUAUCGCAUCUAUCAUCUAAUUUGAUUGUAUAAUUUUGUAUAUAAUUUAUUAAACCACACAUUUUCAAAACUAAAAUAUU